AUUACUUUCCUUAUUGGAGCUAUGUUCCUAGGGACAUACAGGAUGACGGAGAUAAAGUGCUUAUUGAGACGUCGGAUGGAAUAUCAUUCUAUUACCAUCUUCAAACUGCAAGUUUUACUGGAUUUAUUUGCAAGAAAUGGAGACGUUCAUACUUCAGUUUCUAUACGGAGAGCUUGCGCUCACUAAGAUAUGUACUACAGAAAAGAUUCAAUUUUGAUCAAAUUGCUGAAAUUACUCACUCCCAAUCACGGGAGUUGGCAUACAUGGAUGACCCACCAGUCUAUGUAGUGCGUGUUUUUGCACUUUUUGGCACUCCAGAUGAAAGUAGUUCUUAUGGGGGAUAUCUGACAGAUUUUAGAGGUGGUUUUGUUGCUAUCGAAGGGAAGAGACUAGUUGCAGGAGAUGGCAUUGAAGCAGAAGCAAAAGCCAUUCUUUGUGGGCUGCAAUUAGCUCGUGGGCAAGGUAUCAAGCGCAUUGCUUUGGUUUCUAAUGCAAAGGAGCUAGUUGAUGCUAUUAAUACUGGAGAAAGGCAAAGUUUUCAAAGGCUGGAAAAGAUUCUUACCAAGAUUAUUCAUCUUCUUUCUAAAUUCAAAUGGGGUCAAAUAUUCCAUGAUCGAAGAUUGUCUGCUCAAGUGGCUUGCCAACUUGCUUGUCAGGCUAUGAAAAUGAUUGAAAUAGGUUUUCAUGAAACAGAACCACCCAAUUGGUUCAUAGAUGGGUGAACCACCUAGUUGUGUGGCUUGUAGAAUUUUAUAGUACGUAUUUUUCAUUUAGUUCAUUAGCCUCUUUCUCUUUAA